AUGGAGAAUGUUACUCUCAGCACCCUCAUGAAUUUCACCAACAGUGAACCUUUGGCUAAGAUGCCUGAGAACUCUCUGGAAGUCCAGGUCAUCACCAUAUUCCUCACAUUGCUGAUCUGUGGGGUAGGAAUAGCUGGCAACGUCAUGGUGGUCUUGGUGGUUCUCAGAACCAAACAUAUGAUGACUCCAACCAACUGCUAUCUGGUUAGUUUGGCUAUUGCAGACCUCAUCGUUCUCCUGGCUGCAGGACUGCCCAACAUCUCUGAGGUCGUUUCUUCUUGGAUCUAUGGCUAUGCUGGCUGCUUGUGUAUCACCUACCUGCAGUACCUGGGCAUCAACGUUUCCUCUUGCUCUAUCACAGCUUUCACCGUUGAGCGUUACAUUGCAAUAUGCCACUCCAUCAAGGCGCAGUUCAUAUGCACUGUGUCCAGAGCCAAAAAGAUCAUUGCCUGCGUUUGGAUUUUCACCUCUGUCUACUGCAUCAUGUGGUUUUUCCUUGUUGAUACAGAUGAGAUGGUUUACGCUAAUGGAGUCGUUGUCCGAUGUGGCUAUCGGGUGUCGAGGAACCUCUACAUGCCCAUUUACUUUCUGGACUUCACAUUGUUUUAUGUGAUUCCACUGAUAGUAGCUACUGUGCUGUAUGGGCUGAUUGCUAGAAUACUCUUCAUGAACCCAUUACCUUCAAAUUUGUCAGAAAGAGGAAACGAUUCGAUCCACCAGGGGCGGACGAACAGCACAGUGAAAGUCUCCUGCAAACCGAACAAGGGUGCAGUUUCCUCCAGAAAACAGGUAACUAAAAUGCUGGCGGUAGUGGUGGUCCUGUUUGCUCUGCUGUGGAUGCCUUAUCGCACUCUGGUGGUUGUCAACUCACUGAUGGACCCUCCCUACCUCAACACCUGGUUCCUGCUCUUCUGCCGGAUGAGCAUCUACACCAACAGUGCCAUCAACCCCAUCAUAUACAACGCCAUGUCCCAGAAGUUCCGCACAGCUUUUAAGAAGCUCUGCCACUGUCAGAGUGGCUCCAGCAAAGAGAAGGCAGCCAAACACAGCGCCCCUGUCUACUACAGCGUCAUCAAAGAUUCGUCCCAUGAAAGCCCGGAGUAUGAGACGGAGCAGGAGGACGUUGGUGCGUAUAAUGUCUCGACCAAGAGGGUGAACUUUUCCGAUCAGGCUGGAGGAGCGGUCGCUGCAGGCAUGUUCAGUAUUGCUUGA